AUGUUUAAAUUUGAGCCCACCUUUAACAUAGGUGAGCUCAAAGUCGACAAGAACUCUCGAUUUCGUGUUGUUGGUGAGUAUGAUACAGACAGUUUGCUGUUUUCUAUUAAUACUUCCACUCAUACUUUUUUAUAUUUGCUUACUCCAUCAAAUGAUUUAACCCUCGUGAUGUCAUUUCGUUAUUUCAUCGAUAUCAUAUCAGCAGAACUCACAGAUGACCAAGAAUUUCUAUUUUUCACUGAAAGAAUCAUUAAUAAUACGACUUUUACUUUCAAAACUACACUCUGGCAUGUAUAUUCAUUAUCAAAGCAGCAGAUUUACGAAGGUACUACUCCUAUGACUGGAUUCUUUAUUCCAAAAAUUGGGGCAAAAUAUCAAAUAAUAACAAUCAAUGGACAAAAAAUUGAGCACAACGAGAUUACAUUUAAUGAUAAAAAGAUAAAAAUGUCAGUAAAACAUGGUGGAAUGCAAAUUAAAGAUAUGGUCAGAUUUUUCUACAGCAGGGACCCCAUGUAUCUAGCAGUAUUCAGGCCGAAGAAGAUACUUGAAUUCUAUAGAUUUGAUAAUAAAGGUAACUAUACUAAAGAAAAUUACGAAUUUGAUACGAAUCCCGAGUCAUUAUUACCAUUAGAGCUAGCAUUAUAUCCAUCUAUACAUAGAAAUCUGUCGAUCUACAAAUUUACAAGAUCAAAUUUUUAUGUUUUCCCAUUCGGAAACGAAAUAGGAAUAAUUGAGCAAAUUUAUCAAGGAUACAACAGUGUUUUAACAUUUGCUGUUUCAACUAUACGCGAUAAAUACUAUGAAAUUACUGCGAUAACAGGAAUUGACCCUGAUUAUCCAUUAUCUUUUAUCCAACACGGAAAAGUCGUCUUUAUUUUCAUCAUCAAUAUGUUUGCCGCAUUUGUAGACUUCACAACAUCACCACCUGUCAUUUUUGUCCUUCCAACAAAGUUUUCUUCAGGUCCAUUAACAGAAUUAUCGACAAACAUCAGGAUAUCGCAUAUAAUAUGUGACAUAUCUAGUUUUAAACUAUAUAAGUGUUCAUUUGACAUACAAGACUUCUCAAAAAACGUUGAUUUGAAAGAUAAAUCAAUUUUAUCUUUGCUUGCGAUUCUUUGUGCACGACUUCCAUAUAAUAUAAACAUUCCUUUACUCAUAGACAAGAUAUCCUCCAUGAAAAAUGGCGAAUUGAUGAUGCAUUUCUUCGAAUGGUUUUUCACAGCGGCUUUGGCCAUUUGUACACCAGGAAAAGGUCGUCAUAAGAAGAAGACAGAGCGAUUAAAGAAGAAAGACGACUCCUUGAAGAUCCCACAGAACUUUGUGAACGCGAUUAAAGAAAUGGAACAAGAUUAUCCUAGUUCUGGUGAUGUUUCUCGUGGCCAACAGUUUAUGAAGAUUGUUUCAUUGAUGUUGGAGAAACAGGGUAAGAAACAAGCUAGUUUAUGUCCAGAAAUGGCCAUAAAAAUUCUGAGGAGACACAAUGAAGCAUCGUUAGUUUUGAGAACAGCCGUUGACAAGUGGAUUUCGAAAUACAAACCAGAUGACGAGAAAAUCUUUAUCACGAAGAUGGCAUUGAUGACAGAGGUACAGUUAUCAUCUGCUCCUUCUCUCCCGAGACUUGGAAAGGAACUCGAAAUGCUUUCUACAAAGAUUUGCUCAAAAACAAUGUACGAGACAUUGAAAGACAACAAAGCAUUUGGAUAUGUUCCUCCAACUUCAGCAAAAAAGAGAGAAGAACAGCUGUUUUGGUCAAAUAGAUUCUCUAAGAAAGAUAUCGCACAGAAAGAGAAAUAUGACCCAAUUGCAUUGCCUAGAUCUUUCUCUUCAUUCGCAUUACCUGUUGGUCCGAAUCUUGACAAUUAUUUGUCUAGUUCAAGUGAUUCAAAUUAUUCUUUAGAAAUGUAA